AUGUCUCCUUUCUGCAUGGACAACAACAUAUUCGACAGCAAUGACCCGAUGGUGGCCUUGAUGACCAGAGCCAUCGGCCACAGUCCCAAUCAACCACCACCACCACAACCACUUCAAUCCACUACUCCUGCAAGCGCAAUGCCAACACCCACACAGGCUUCCCCAGGCACAGGAACAGGACCUGUGACAACAUCAGCGGUCGAGUUCCUGGACGCAGAAGCCGAGACAGCCCUCUUCCUCAACUCGAUGCAUUCCUCUGGCGGGAGCAUCAACUCCCUCCCGUCUUCCCCUCUCCCGUUGGCUUUACCUUGGUCACCCUCUCAGGACAUGAUCUGGAACGAGGAUGAGAUCCUUGUGGGUGGACUUGGGAUUGGAGGGAAUGGAUCCCAGCAGAGUGUUGACAUGACGUUGGCAGAAGAUAUUGGUGCAGAGAUGGUUGAGAUGGGGUUACCGGGAGCAGGACAAGGGAUGGAUGACGGGGUGUUGAUGGAAGAGGAUGAGAUCUUGCCAGUGGUUGUUGUCGAGACGGUUGCUGUGCCGGCGCAGCAGCCUGGUUCGCCGGUUUUGGGGUUUGGGUUGGCCCAGCGGUUACAGCACCAGCACCAGCACCAGCACCAGCACCAACACCAGCACCAGCACCAGCACCAGCAACAACAGCAGCACCACCACCACCACCACCACCAGCAGCAGGGUGGUGUUCGGUUUAAUCUUGGACAGCAGAGCAACAGUGGUAGUGGUGGGAAUAUUAAUAGCCUUAAUAGGAUCAGGAGUUUUGGGAAGGUCGAGAGUCUGACGCCGAGGACGAAUUCUACGGCCGCUUUCAUGGCAACGGCGGCUCUCAGGAAUGAGGCAGAGAAGGGUCGGCCACAACCAUCACCAGCGGCAGCAGGACUAUUGACUCUUCAACGGGGAACUGGGGCUCGAGUUGGAACUGAGGUGGGAGGAGGUGGUGUUGCUCAAGGAGGCGUUGCACAAGGUGGCGCAACAACGGCUGCUGCUGCUGCUGCUGCUGCUGCUGCAGAGGAAGAAAAGCUGGGUGAUAUGGAGGUUGAUGUACCUGAGGGUGCGUCGACUACAACGACAGACUCAGGUCCGGGAUUGGGAUUGGUUCAGGAUGUCCAGUCCACAGGUCUUCGGGAGAACCAGGAUACCGCACAGUCGUCUUCAUCGUUGUUGUCACAACCGGUUACUACCUCGGUACUGGCGCCGGCAUUGGAGCUAAAAACUGCGGAGGCGCCGUCAGAAUCGAUCUCGGGAGCUCAUCCAGUAGUAGCGAUCGGACCAGGAGCUGAGUCAUUGGCAGUACCGGAUACAGAGUCCAUGGCGCAGCCGGUAGCAGCGGAGGCGGAGGUAACAGAAUUGACAACAGUAGGACCAGCAUCAGCUGCAGAACAGCCAGGGACAGAACUGAUGGUAAUAGAUCCAGCGGCGGCCGAGUCGGACAGGACAGAGCACACGACACAGUCAAUAGCAUUGGAUCAGCCAUCUUCGCCACAACCACCAGCGACAGCAACGACAGACGUACCAGACCAAUCCCUUGUUACUGUGAUGACACCAUCAUCACCAUCCACACUACCACCACUUUCAACAACAAAGCCUCCAAAAAGCCGACGACGCCCACCGGUGCCUGUCCAACAUCACCCCAGCUGGCAUUUCGCUCCAGGUUCAGAUAUGGCGUUCCUGUCAGAGAUGAAAGGAUCAGAUGCAGAUCUGAAGCGGUUCCGGAGAGAGCAUGGGUGGUUGGAGGAACGAGUCCGGCGGCCCAAACGCGAUCAUGACUCGGAUCUGUUGUUGGAUAGGGCCCUUGGGUUGACGAGGAUGGUUGUUGUCCCGCCUUUGCUUGCUAAGGGCUAUGGGGAGGAGGUCAAGGAUGGUGAGGAGAAGAAGAUGAAAGAUAAGGAUGGGAAGGUUGUGGUGUCCAGGAGGGAGUCUGUUGAGGCGCAGGGUAGUAAGGACAAGGUUGGAGGUGAGGAUGAGAAAGGCGGGAAAGAUACCACCACCACCACCAACAACAACAGUGCCACCAAGGCCAUCAACACCAAUACCCAGAGCAACAACAGGUACAUCACCCCAGUACGGCUCAGCACCGACUCUCGACUCGCAUUCUCAACCCUCAAGACCAACCUCUAUGCAGAACUCGAGGAACAAACCCGUCUGGAAACAGACCAACGGAUCCUAGAGCAAAUCGUCGAAAGAACCGCUACAAAGCUCUCGACUACUGCACAGCUUCACUCACAGGCAGAAGAGCGAUUACGCGAACUGCAGACAAGGCAACCAGACCAGGAACGGGAGUUGGUAAAGUUGGAGAAGUUGGAGAGGGCUUGUAUGGAGUUACGGGAACGACAGCGACAGCAGGCAGAGGAGGAAAUUCAGCAGUUGGAGGAGACGGUGAGGUUAUUGGAGAGUCAGCAGGAGCUGACGCGGAGGGAAGAUGUGAGAAGGGCUGACAGGCAGCGGUCUGAGAUGGAGCGCAUCGCCUCGGAAGCAUCUUCAACAGAGGCGGCGCAUUAG